AUGACUGCUUCGGCUCAUUCAGGCACCUCCUGGGGCCAGUUUCCUCCAGCAUCACAGAAUGGCAGAUCCAAGCACAAGACUAUGGACCGACAAGUCGUGUGUGAAAGUCUAUCUUCACCCAUCAAGAACGAAUACAUAUUCUGCGUCGCCUGGGCCAUUGUUCUCGCUUGUCAUACCCACAGUGAUGAAGUGCUCUUUGGCGUUGCCUGGCACGGUAGACAAACCGAGACAGGCGAUCAGGCCAUCUUGCCGUGGCGCUUACGGAUCGACUCCGGCGAUACGGUGGCAGAUGCUCUUGCAGCCACAGCUCGAUAUCAUCAUGAAAUGCGCGGGUUUGAGCACAUGGGCAUACAGAAAUUCAGCAUGUUGUGUCCCGAGAACAUCCGGCUCUGCCAGUUUGGCAAUCUGAUAGUGCUUGGAUGCGACUCCGACGAUGUAUCUGAGGCCCAGAAGCAGGAGUGUCAGUAUCCCCUUGCAUUAUAUGUGGGAGACUCUCGCAUCUUAGCCAAUUUUGAUCCCUCGUUGGUGGAGCCCGACAGGCUUCGUAUGAUGCUCAUCCACGUUCUGGACGUCGUCCAAGCGAUGGUCGAUAUGCCUGACAGGACUAUCCACGACAUCCGCACUGCUGGGCGUCGAGGCAUAACUCAGAUGCGACAGUUGACUUCUUUGACCGAGCCGGAAAGUGAUGACACUGCACAAGUUCAGCAGCUAAUCGACGAACGGUGCGCAAGCUGUCCGUCUGCGCUCGCAGUUUGCGCCUGGGAUGGCUCAGUUACGUACGGGGAACUGGGUCAAUGGGCGUGGUCGGUUGCGCGUGGACUGGUUGACAAUGGCGGAAUCGGUCCGGGAAGCUUUGUCGGCAUCUUCAUGGCCAAGUCCGUAAAAACGGUGGUUGCCAUGCUGGGAAUCAUGCGUGCCGGCGCAGCGUUUCUCUUUCUCCCACUAUCGGUUCCUAUCGAGAGAUUGCGGACAAUGUGUUCGAUAGCAAACGUCCAAUGCGUCGUAACGGCAAAGGGAAAGGGCUCUGCUGCUGCCACUCAUUUCGGCCUUCCUGUUUUCGAGGUUCCCGAGACGCCAGUGACCGCAGAGUCUACCAGCCUGAUAAAUAGCGCCAUCGGUAGCGACCCUUUGUAUGCUGUUUUUACCUCCGGGUCAAGCGGUCAGCCCAAGGGGAUCGUCGUGGAUCGCGCGUCUUAUGGGCCAGGUCUUCGAGAUUUCUGUGCUCUGACGCGCCUACAUGCCCAAUCUCGAGUCUUACACGCCGUCUCUCAUGCCUUUGUGGUUAACAUCAUUGAGCAAUUCGCCGCACUAGCAACCGGAGCCUGCUUGUGCGUCCCAUCGGAAGAGCAAAUCCAGGUCGACUUGGAAACAGCCAUAUCCCAAUUCAACGCUACCUGGGGCAUCCUCACGCCAUCCGUUGCUCGUCUUCUGAGACCAGCAAAUGUCCCAUCAAUGCAAAGCCUCCUGCUAGCUGGUGAGUCUGUGGUAACUGCCGACGUGACGCGAUGGUCCAGUUCUUCUGCCUGCCUGUAUUCGGUCUGGGGCCAGUCCGAGAGCGCCAGCACUCUUCUUGUGCGCCAACUGCAUGUCGACUCGCCAGUAGGCAGUCUUGGGCUGCCAACUACAGGCAGGUACUGGGUGGUUGACCCCGAAAAUCCUCAUCGGCUUCUUCCCAUGGGUUUAGAAGGCGAGUUGCUGCUCGAAAGCUCUGCUCUCGCACGUGGAUAUUUCGGGAAUUCGACCCAGACAGAGCGCACUUUUUUAAAUGAUCCUAAUUGGUAUUCUAGCAUCAGUGGAAGCCAAUCAACAAGCUCCAAAGCUUUGCCGCGACGAUGGCUUCUAACCGGCGACCUUGUUCGCUUUUGCCGGAUGGACGGUUCGCUCGACUUCGUCGGCCGCAAGGGAACAAGAACCAAGAUUCGUGGUCAGCGAGUCGAGCUCGGCGAGAUCGAGAGCCAGCUGCAAAAAUCUUUGCCUGGCAGCCAGCAAGUUGUUGCCGAGCUUAUAGUGCCUGCGCCGGGACCAGGUGAGGAGCAACCACAUCCUCCCCCGAUGCUGGUCGCCUUUACCUGUAAUUAUAACCAAGUGAACACACCGUCGCCACGUCAAGAGCUGGUAGCAGAGACUCCCACUGCCGAAAGCCGGUCUACUGCCCGAGUGGCGCUCUCCGCGCUCCGGCAAGUCUUGCCUUCAUACAUGGUCCCCAGUGCUAUCCUUUCCCUCUCUUUUCUUCCAAGAACAGUAACCGGCAAGAUUGAUCGGAGGGCCCUACGUGAGUGGUCAGGCCGGCGAACAGUUGACGAGAUGCUCAACUUCCACGAAGAACGCAUGCCUUUCCGAGCCCCCGAAACAGACGCCGAGAGAACCCUCCAAGAAUGCUGUGAAAAAGUCUUGCAUCUCGCGCCAGGAAGCGUGGGCUUAGAAGAUAACUUCUUGGGGCUUGGAGGCAAUUCUCUGACGGCACAGCAGCUGGUCACUGCCAGCCGAUCCAGUGGGCUGCGCAUCGGCAUGACUGAUGUGUUCGAGAAGCCCACUCUGGGGGCGCUGGCAGCGACAGGAAUACCUUGCAGCUUCCCGAAUUCUGCUGUGAAUCCGAGCAAACCCGGUCAUGCCUUUGACGAAGAUCUGUUUGAGACCCUCAAGACGGAUGUACUCCGAAAUGGGGUAUUAGGUCAAGGUCUCGAGCCAGAAGAUGUCGAACAUGUGUAUCCCACAUUGGAGAUGCAAUCACUCCUGGUCGACCUCGCUGUGCUUGACUAUUUUCCCAUUGAGAUCGACGGAAUCGUUGACUCUAUGCGUUUAAAGCUCGCCUGUCAGAGAUUUGUAGAUCUUCAACCGUCUCUGCGGUCCUUUUUCAUUCAAUUUCGAGAACAGACAAUGCAGAUAGUCCUUCGCCAGCUCGCGAUCAACUGGACCGAAUUGGCCCUACCGUCCGGAGCUGAUCUAAUGACAUGGACGCGCUCAUGGGCUUUGCAAGACCGCACACAACCACCACCGCUCAGUCGCCCUUCCGCCGCGGGCUUUACCCUCAUCAAAGGCAACAACGAUAGCCAGCAAUCCGCAUUCGUCCUCCGGCUGCCUCACGCCCAGUACGACGGAGUCUGCCUCCGGCAAAUCGUCCAACAGCUUGGAGCGCUCUACAACAAUCCAGAUCUCUUUGAUGCGACGCAGAGCCCCUUUGCUGACUUCACAAGCUAUCGACGAGCCUGUGCUCGCCUUCGCACUCCAGUGGCUCUCGAUUUCUGGAGAGAACUUUUGUCCGGGAGUGAGGUCACCCGACUGCCGCGCUUAUCACUUGGAUCAGAAACCAGCGUCAUCUACUCGGGCGAAUGUGAGCCACUUUCUCCACCAACAGGGAUCACCAUGGCCACAGCGAUCAAAGCAGCAUGGGCAUUCGUGAUCGCGCAAGAGACCAACAAGACGGAUGUGGUCUUCGGACAGAUCACCAACUGCCGUGGAAACAUUGAUAUUGACCCGGAAGAAAGAGCAGUUGGAAGAUCCGGGUCCGGACAGGAGAUCAUAGGCAUGUGCCUCAACACCACCCCCGUUCGGGUCCGGUUGUCCUCCACCACGCGCGUCAAAGAACUCCUCCUCGCUGUCCAACGCCAGCACGUGCGCAUGCUCCCCUACGAAACGAUCGACUGGUUCGACAUGGUUGCAAACAGCACUCCCUGGCCUGCAGACACUGAUCUCGAUUCAGUGGUGCUGCAUGAAAAUUUUGCCAGCGCUGGUGACGUGACACUGGGAAAGGCACUGGGCCGCAUGGACAACCCGAUCUUUACCACGCCUGGGUGGAAGCGGCACGCGUUGGUCACUUGGCCGGGGGCGGAUAAGCUGAUGACUUUCUUGAUGAUCCGGGAAGGAGCACUGGACAAGACGUAUGCCGAAGGGUUGGUUAGGAAGUUUAAUGAGACCUUGGUGAGGUUCCUGGGAGAUCCGGAGGGGUUGGUCAGCGGCAGCACCGAGACGACCGUGGAGCCGCAGGUCGGGUAG